GCGGUGGCGUGGCAGGCCUGCCCUGGGCCAACAGGGACACGUUUGGGCCCCCUUCCCUGAGUUGCUUUCUGCCCACCACUCGGGGCCUGUCCCCUUUGCCUGUUCCUCCGCGAUGGACGGAGCGCCCCGACCCAGCAGGGCUGCGAGGGUCCCCAGGUGCUCAGGCCAUGCCUGUCCAUCCUGGCUAAAGCUCGUGGAGUCCCUGCCGCCCCAGGACGCCAGACGAACCCAGCCCAAGCAGCGAGUGCUGAAGGCAGGGCUCUGCUGAGCCGAGCAGCAAGUCCCCGUGGGAGAAGGUCACGUGCAGGUGCCUGUCGACCAUGGAGGCUCCGUGGAAGCCCGGACGGCUCCCUGCUUACUGAGGCCCAGGCAUCAGAUCCCUAAACACAAAACAGGAAGUCCUGGCAAGCUCCAACCCGGCCCCUCGAGAGCUGUCAGACGCAAGAGCUACUCAGAGAGCAUCCGGUCCAGUGCCUCCCUGGCCUGGUCACCCACAAUGCAGGGCUCCUUCGAUGUCCCAGGACGCCAGCGGCUCUGCUGGGCUGCCACCCUGGGCUGGGCCUGGCUCCUCCUGCAGGGAGUCUUGGUUGCAUUUAUUCUACCCACGUGCUGACUCAGAAGCUGAGGAGGCUCCCCAGUGAGGACCCCUUGGUUACGUGUGUGGAGACCAAGCAUCGGGGCCCUCAGGUGUAGACGGGCAGAGGAAAUACUUAUUCCAAAAGGAUCAGGAAUGGACAUGUCCUCAGUGUGUGCGUAUGUGUGUUUAUACACGUGGAGCAUAUAUAUUUUCUAAAGUGAGUCUUUCCAGGAGCUAAGCCAGAGUCAGCAAACUGUGGCCCUGGGCCAAAUCUGGCCCACCGCUUCUUUUGUAAAUAAAGUUUUAUUAGCACACAGCCACACCCUUGUAACCGCCUUCUCACCACCACAGCAGGGCUGAGUAGUUUUAACACAGCCUGUAGGUCUGCCAAGUCUGAAAUGUUGGCGCUGUGGUCCCAUAAGAAAAACGCUGGGGCCCCCUGAGCCCAGCCAGAUGCACCAGGCUGGGCAUCCUUCGGGGAUGGAGCGGGAGGGGCAGCUGGAGAGCAGAGGACCGCUUGCCAAGAUCUGUUUUUCACGGACUGGACUUUGUUGGCUCCUCCUCUCCCGCCGAGGGUUCAACACCCCGGCUGCCAAGCCUUCACGUGCAGGACGAGCAUUGAUAACGGUCUGGUAACAACGACAAACAGCCAAAGGCAGCAGGUAGAGCAGAAAUCCAUCGACCAGGCUCACCUCCUGGGCGCCCCCGUGUCCUCCGCUGCCCAUCGUCAGUGCAGGGCCUGCUGGGAAAUGCUCCGGGCACUGACCGCGGCCAGUGCGGCCCUGAGGCACAAGGCGGCGGGCUGGGUGAGGACCAUGGCCUCCCACCCACUGCUGGUGGCCCCCCCAGAAGCCCUGAGUAAGCCCCUGUCCCUCCCCAGCCGGCUUCUGCUGGGGCCCGGCCCCUCUAACCUGACCCCCCGCGUCAUGGCGGCUGGGGGGCGGCAGACAAUAGGACACAUGCACGAGGAGAUGUUCCAGAUCAUGGACGAGAUCAAGCAAGGCAUCCAGUACGUGUUCCAGACCUGGAACCCCCUCACGCUGGCCAUCAGCGGCUCGGGGCACUGUGCACUGGAGGCCGCCCUGUUCAACCUCCUGGAGCCGGGGGACUCCUUCCUGGUCGGGGUCAACGGCGUCUGGGGGCAGCGGGCCCAGGACAUCGGGGAGCGCAUUGGAGCCCGCGUACACCCGAUGCUCAAGGACCCUGGAGGCCACUUCACGCUGCAGGAGGUGGAGGAGGCCCUGGCCCAGCACAAGCCCGUGCUGCUGUUCCUGACCCAGGGGGAGUCAUCCAGCGGCGUGCUGCAGCCCCUCGAUGGUUACGGGGAGCUCUGCCACAGGUACCAGUGCCUGCUCCUGGUGGACUCGGUGGCCUCCCUGGGCGGGGUCCCCAUCUACAUGGACCAGCAGGGCAUCGACGUCUUAUACUCGGGCUCCCAGAAGGUCCUGAACGCCCCUGCAGGCACCUCGCUCAUCUCCUUCAGCGACAAGGCCAAAAAUAAGAUCUACACUCGGAGGACCAAGCCCUUCUCCUUCUACCUGGACAUCAAGUGGCUGGCCAACUUCUGGGGCUGUGAGGACAAGCCCAGGACAUACCAUCACACCACCCCCGUCAUCAGCUUGUACAGCCUGAGGGAGAGCCUGGCCCAUCUAGCAGAGCAGGGCCUGGAGAACAGCUGGCAGCAGCACCGCGAGGCCUCAGAGUACCUGCACGGGCGCCUGCAGGGGCUGGGCCUGCAGCUCUUCGUGAAGGAUCCGGCCAUCCGACUGCCCACCGUCACCACCGUGGCCGCACCUGCGGGCUACGACUGGAGAGACCUUGUCAACUACGUCAUGGACCACUUCAACAUCGAGAUCACGGGCGGCCUUGGGCCCUCGGUGGGGAAGGUGCUGCGGAUCGGCCUGCUGGGCUGUAACGCCUCCCGGGAGAACGUGGACCGAGUGAUCGGGGCCCUGCAGGAGGCCCUGCAGCGCUGCCCCCGGAACAAGCUGUGACCCGGCUGCCUGUCCCACGCCAACGCAGUCGACUGGGGGUGGGGGCCCAGGGGCAAACAGACUCUGCAAGGGGGACAGGCCCCGGGGACAGGACAGCUGCUGACCCAGCCCAGGUGAAGGGGGGAGGGGCAGGGCCGGGCAGCUGCCCCCGCCCCCAGCGGCCCGUCCCCUCCGAGUGGAGCUUCCUGGAUGUGGGCCAUUUGGACCCUCAGCGCCUCCCCAAUGAGCUGCGGUCCCCAUAGGUCACUGGCCUGUGAACGUUCAAUAAAGAAGCAGCUGGUCAUCUGUC